CAGAUUCCAAAACCCACACCAGGACACUGGUACUGGAAAGAAGACACCAAGACACUUGAAUUUUCAAAAACAUCAAAUACAUCAUUACGAAGAAUGCCAGAAUGCACAGAACUUGAUAAAGUUACCAAAUCCCCCCGACUUGGAAGGAUUCCAGACAACAGAUGUGUGACACUGGAUGACGUCAAGGGGGCAGCUCUGAACAUGUUGGAGGAGCAAGAAAGAAAUUGCAUAGCUUCAUUUGCUUUGGGAGCAAGAAACCACCUUCUGAAUGAUUUCCUCAUGGCCCUGUUGAAUUACCUGUCCUGCUUUUUGGAGAAACAUUCUGACAAACAACCCAAAUCUUUGAUGUCGAGGAUGAUUAUCCUAGAGAAGAAGGACGAGGCUGACGUGAAAAUGAGGACAGAAAUUGCUCUGAAGCACUUUGCCCACAUGUAUUGUAUCCUUGUCCUCGGAGAAGGAAUGAAUGAUCAGCAUCACCUUGGUUGUGGAAAGAGAACAUCAUUCACCAAGCAGGAGCGGAUAUUUUAUGAGAGUCUGUACAAUUACUCAGUCAAGGUCGCUUGGGUAGUAUUCCGUCGCAAAGAGCUGAAUUUAAUACAGGAAGAGGUUGGCAGGCUUCUGCGUUCCAACACAUUCAAUCCUGCCCUGAGGAAGAAAGAUGCCCCAUCAGAGCCAGGCAAAAACCUGUCUGUGAAGAAGACGUCCAAAAAAACAGCUAUGUAUGCAGAAAAGGGAAGGCUUCCAACCAAGCGGCCUGCUAUUCAUGACAUUGUCACACAGCGUUCUCCAGUUCUCAGUUCUCUGAUCCCAUCUCCCAAAGAGAAAGCUCGGUAUUUAUUCCAGCAACACGAACUUCACCCCCAAAAGGCAGUACUGACACCAUUGAUGUGAACGACUGGCUGGAACCCUCCACCGCGAUCAGCACACCACAGUGA